UAAUGUGCUUCUCCAGCUCCAGGCUCCAGUGAGAAUGCAGAGGAGCGUGUGUUUCGGGAGCGCAUGCGGCCUAGGAAGAGGCAGGGUGCCGUACGAAGGAGGGUCCAUCAGGUCAACGGACACAAGUUCAUGGCCACCUACCUGCGGCAGCCUACCUACUGCUCCCACUGCAGAGACUUUAUAUGGGGUGUGAUUGGGAAACAGGGCUACCAGUGUCAAGUGUGCACUUGUGUAGUCCAUAAGCGCUGCCACGAGCUCAUCAUCACAAAAUGUGCUGGGAUGAAGAAAGACAAAGAGGACACCACACCAGAGGAGGUUGGAUCCCAGCGGUUCAGCGUUAAUAUGCCUCAUAAAUUUGGAAUUCACAACUUCAAAGUCCUAACCUUCUGUGACCACUGUGGAUCGCUACUGUGGGGCCUGCUCAGACAAGGGCUGCAAUGCAAAGUCUGUAAGGUGAAUGUACACAGACGCUGUGAAAGUAACGUGGCUCCUAACUGUGGGGUAGACGCGAGGGCAUCGCCAAGGUCCUGUCUGACCUGGGGGUCCACCAGACAAGACUCCCGCAGUGCCCAGAGGAGGAAAAAGAUAACCCAAGAACCCCAGCAGCCGUUGCCAUGCACCCCCCAGGCAGAGGAGGACCGAUCCAAAUCAGCCCCCACCUCCCCAUGUGACCAAGACCUGAAAGAGUUGGAGAACAUCCGCAAGGCGCUGUCGUUUGAGCAACGUGGACAGGAACACAAGUCAGCCUCGUCCUCCUCUUCCAGCAGGGUGGGGGUGGGCUCAGAGGGGGGCGAGGCCCGGGAGAACGGAGAACUCAAGAUCAUCCAGACCAAGAGGAUGACCCUGCAGGACUUCCUCUUCAUCAAGGUCCUGGGCAAAGGCAGCUUCGGAAAGGUGAUGCUGGCUAGCUGAAAGGACAGAUGAAGUGUAUGCUGUGAAGUGUUGAAGAAAGACGUGAUCCUGCAGGAUGAGUAUGUGACUGUACCCUGACAGAGAAACGCAUCCUGGCCCUGCUAGGAAACACCCCUACCUGACCCAGCUCUUCUGCUGCUUCCAG